GCGGCGGUGCGGGGGUCUACGUCAGCCGCGGGAAAUCCCCUCUCCUAGCUGCCCGCCCCUCCGCCUGGCCGGCCUGUGGCUCUGGCGGCGCUCCGCCCCCUACCCCUGGCUCCCGCACCUAGGGAGGGCGACUCUGGGUGCUCCGAACGCGAGAAUUAAGGGGGUGGGAAGGUGUGAGCCGCAAACUCCGAGGAGGGCGGGAAGGAGGAGGAGGCCCCGGGGGUGGUCAGGGGAACAGGGGGUCCCGUCGGCAGAGUCCGUCGGCCGCCGGACCGACGCGGGCUGAUCGCGGAGGUCUCGGGUCUGGACGCUUGGAGCGGGCGGCGAGGUGAGCGGAGCCAUGGCCUCCGGUGGGUAUAACCCAUGUAUAGAGAUAACUGAACAGCCCAGGCAGAGGGGAAUGCGUUUUAGAUACAAAUGUGAAGGGCGGUCAGCGGGCAGCAUUCCAGGGGAGCACAGCACAGACAACAACCGAACAUACCCAUCUAUCCAGAUUAUGAACUAUUAUGGAAAGGGAAAAGUGAGAAUUACAUUAGUAACAAAGAACGACCCAUAUAAACCUCAUCCUCAUGAUUUAGUAGGAAAAGACUGCCGAGAUGGCUACUAUGAAGCAGAGUUUGGACAAGAACGCAGACCCUUGUUUUUUCAAAAUUUGGGUAUUCGAUGUGUAAAGAAAAAAGAAGUAAAAGAAGCUAUUAUAUCAAGAAUAAGGGCAGGAAUCAAUCCUUUCAAUGUUCCUGAACAACAGCUGCUUGAUAUUGAAGAUUGCGAUCUCAAUGUGGUGAGAUUAUGUUUUCAAGUUUUCCUCCCUGAUGAACAUGGUAAUUUGACAACUGCUCUACCUCCUGUUGUCUCUAACCCAAUUUAUGACAACCGUGCUCCAAAUACUGCAGAAUUAAGGAUUUGUCGUGUAAACAAGAACUGUGGAAGUGUCAGAGGAGGAGAUGAAAUAUUUCUACUAUGUGAUAAAGUUCAGAAAGAUGACAUAGAAGUUCGGUUUGUGUUGAACGAUUGGGAAGCAAAAGGUAUCUUUUCACAAGCUGAUGUACACCGUCAAGUAGCCAUUGUUUUUAAGACUCCACCAUAUUGCAGAGCUAUAACAGAACCAGUAACAGUAAAAAUGCAGCUGCGGAGACCUUCUGACCAGGAAGUUAGUGAAUCCAUGGAUUUUAGAUAUCUGCCAGAUGAAAAAGAUACUUAUGGCAAUAAAGCAAAGAAACAAAAAACAACUCUACUUUUCCAGAAACUGUGGCAAGAUUGUGUUAAUUUUCCUGAAAGACCUAGACCUGGUCUAGGAUCAGCUGGAGAAGGACGAUUCAUCAAAAAAGAAUCCAACUUUUCUCAUGGUGCAGUUUUGACAGAUAUGUCCAGGACCUCAGGCAUUUCAAGCCAAGCAGACUCCUACUAUUCCUCGUCUGUGUCCAUCUCGAGUGCGUUGUCACAUCAUACUUCAGCCAUACCUGCAAUGGUAUCUCAGCCUUCAAGCUGGUCUUCAGGGGCCCACCCCACCUCACGCUCAGUCAACACAAAUCCACUGAGUAGUUUUUCAACGGGGACACUUUCCUCUAAUUCACAAGGUGUCUCACCAUAUCUGGAAAUACCUCUUGUGAGUGAUUUGAAUGCCUCUAAUGCUUGCAUUUAUAACAAUGCUAAUGACAUAGGCAGAAUGGAAGCAUCAUCCAUGUCAUCAGCUGAUUUAUAUGGUAUUUCUGAUGCCAACAUGCUACCGAAUUGCCCUGUGAAUAUGAAUGACAGCAUGAGGGAGUCUGAUAAUCCAAGACUUGUGAGCAUGAAUCUUGAAAACCCCUCAUGUAAUUCAGUGUUAGACCCGAGAGACUUGAGACAGCUCCAUCAGAUGUCCUCUUCCAGUCUGUCAGCAGGCGCCAGUUCCAGUACUACGGCUUUUGUUGCACAGUCCGAGGCAUUUGAGGGAUCUGAUUUCAGUUGUACAGAUAACAGUAUGAUGAAUGAGUCGGGGCCAUCAAACGGUACUAAUCCAAACAGUCAUGGCUUUGUUCAUAGUCAGUAUUCAGGUAUUGGCACUAUGCAGAAUGAGCAAUUGAGCGACUCAUUCGCGUUUGAAUAUUUUUAAGGUAACUUGUGUGAUUUAAAUGGUUACUCAAGAUUUAAAUCCUUUGACAUGUUUGUAACCAUUUUUAUGUUACCUAUAUAGAUACAGUAUUUUAUAUUUCUCUGAGACUAUAACAUAGGGUUUUGUUUUGUUUUUUAUUUAAAAGAUGACAGUUCAAAACUUCUUUAUCAGAGAGAAGUAUAAAACUUUGGGGAUGUAGGGCCUUCCUCUAACAGGCGAUCUUGGCUCUGGAGCUCCUUGUUUAGCUGGCAGAGAAUUUGUCAGGAUAUAAUGAAAGAUGAAUCUUCAGUGCUGAAGCUACAGCUUGAAAGAGAGGGAUGAAAUCAUUUCCUAACUUCAGGAAGAGGAGGAAAAAUUCCAGCAUUUACAGAAGACUUUUGCUUCAAAGAGUAGAUAAAUCUACACAGACUGAACUUCUAGGCUAGGAUGCCCUAUAGAGUCUGACAUCCAAUGAAGGUUUAUUAAACUAGCACAUACUUCAGCUUAGGCUAAAUCAUUAUUUGACAUGAGUGUAUAAAGUACAUGUUAAAUAUUGAAUAAAACCAAUUUUCCCGUUAACCCCCCCCCCCGCCCCCACACACACAACUUCGGGUAUAUUGAAUAUAAAGCUAGAAAGUACCAUAAAAGGACAAUUCUGAAAUGGAAAUUUAAAAGGGCCUGUUUUUUCUUUUGAAACAUGUGACCUGAUGCUGUGUGCAGUGCGAAUUCUGUCUUUAGAGUCCUAUCCCAUUUCCCCAUGACAGAAUGAGAAGGUGAGAGAGAGCAAGGCUCUAGUUUUUCCAAAUAUACUUUUUUAUACUUCUUUUAUAUUGUAUUAAUGUAUUCUUAGGUAAAUGAAUUAACUGAUAUUUGCUUUUAAGCAAAUUUAAGGUGAAACCUGUAAUGACUAUGUCAUUGGAAAAAUGAAUUACUUAUUAUUUUUGAGACCCAUGGGCCAAGGUGACCCCUAAGGGGUUUUCUGGAGUUUCUUAGAUUUUUUUUUUUUUUUUUAGAGAGAGAGUAUGAGCUGGGGGAAGGGGCAGAAGGAAAGAGAAUCUUAAGCAGGCUCCACACUCCUUGUGGAGCCCAAUGCAGGGGUUGAUCCCAUGACCCUGGGAUCAUGACCUAAGCUGAAACCAAGAGUGGGAUGCUUAAUCAGCUAAGCCACCCAGGUGCCCCUGAGUUUCUUAAAUUUAUAUGUAAAUCAAAAGUCUUUAAAAAUUUAACUUGGACAGAAGGGAGUUGAAGUGAGCUUUCAAGGCAGGGGAAGUUCUCUACAUUUCGGUCUUAAAUCCCUACCUUUAGAGUUGCUUGUGAUUUUAGCUUUACAUCCAUGUCUUUAAGGUGAAGAAGUUUCCUUAGACCUCUUUCUUGUUUCCUGACUCACUGUGAUCUCAUCCAAUUUCGUGCCCUCUUCCUAAAUUUUACCCUUAGACCUAUCCCCUGACCUCCAGACUUGGAGCUUACAUUAUGCAUGCAAAACUGAUUAUUUGACAUCUCUGCUCAGAACCUAAUUAAAGCUCAGACUCGACAUACUAAAACUGAGUUCUUGAUCUUCCCUCCCAAAUUUGCUUCUCCUUCAGUCUUCCCCAACUUAGUAAUAGUAAUGCCAUGCUCCUAAAGUUGCUCAGGUCCAAAACCAUGGAGUCAUCCUUCAUUUUUUAUCUCCCUAAUCCAAUCCGUCAGCAAAUCUGGUAGGCCCUGCCUUCAGAAUAUAUCCAAAGUUCACCACCUCUUUUGACCUCUACUAUCAACUUCCUGUUCUAAGCCACUAUCGUAUCAUCUCCUGCCUAUAGCCUCCAAAAACGCUCCUACAUCCUUGUGCCCCUACUGUCUAUUCUCCCAAAAGUAGCCAGAAUAAUUAUUUUUAAAAGAAGUCAAAUUGUCAGUCAUCUGCUCAAACCAUCCAGUGGCUCCCUACUCCCACACAGAGUAAAGACCAAAGUCCUUAAAAUUAGCAGGCCCACACUCCCUCUCCUGUCUCAUCUCUUACCGUUUUCUUUUCCUCAUUCAGCUCCAGGCAUUUGGAGCCUCCCUUCAAAAACACCACUUAUACUCAUCCCUCAGACUCUUUGUGUUUGGUGUUUUCUCUGCCUUGCCUGUCUCUCUCAGAUACAUGCGUGGUUCACUUCUUAACAUCCUUCGGAUUCACUCAGCUGUUGCUGAUCAAGGCCUUAUUCAACUAUCUACACAUGAGCACUCCAUGCCCCCUCUCCCUUAUAUUGGUCUAUGGUACUUAUCAGGAUCUGACUUUACUAAGCAUUUGUUUAUUGAAUCCCCAGUUUGUGGAAUAGUGUCUGCCUCCUAUUAAGCACCGAGUUAUUUCAAAGUACUACUACUAGAACUUUCAAAGUGUAGUACUAAUAGAAUGUUCAAAGUAUUAUAGAACUUUGUUUUUUGAAAGACCAGCUCUAAUUAUUAGAUGCUUAGGAUUUUUUAUAAUUCUGUUUAAUGUGACAUGGGGUUUAUGUCUGAAUCAUGUACCUUCAGGUCAAGGAUUAAUACUGGUAAUCCAAACUGUUUGAAAGCAGAGCAAUCCCAGUGGCAAAAUGAUGGUAGAAUUUAGGCAGUAAUAGUAGUUGUGAUGGAAUUGUCAUGAUGCUAAGUAAAUAGCUUGUCAAAGACUUAGUCUCUUUUACAACCAGAAUCUCCCAUAAAUAUUGAGCAUGUUCCGAGCUAGAAACAGUGUGUCAUUUCACUUACGUAGUGUCCAAGCAAACCAAUAAAGUUUAUUGGAACAAUCAAAAUGGGAAAUGUGUGGAUGUCAUGUAAAUAAAAAUUCCGAGUGAAUGAUCCUGGGAAAUGAGAAGGCGAGCAAGAUAAAUCUUGACUUGAGGUCUGGAUAGUUUAGGAAGCAGAAGAAAAAGAGUAAACACACUUAAGUACCAUUAAUAUUUCUCAGAAAUUUGAUUUCAAAUCAAAACAUUUGUUAUGUAACUUUAAAAACCAUAAGCAUAUAGCAUGCUUUAGAAGUACUUAACCAGUAAGUGAGGAAAACUUGGAAGGUAUAAUUCCUUUUUUAUUCAAAAUAUGAACCCAGGAUAUCUCCAGAUAGUGGUUCUGAGUUUUGUUUUGUUUUUUUUUUUAAAGAGAAUCCUAUAAUUUUAUAUUAAUUAGCACUGGCAAGCUUAAACACAGACAGUUAGAAUAUCUAAGUGGAUUUUCAUUAAAUAAGCAAUUGACUUGUUUCGCAGUUUUGGAUUUUUUUCUGUGUAAGCCGCAUUAAGAUACUGCAACAUCUGUGUUUAGAGUAUUUCCAAUGGAUUUCUCAUUUUUCAGGUGCUAUUUACUGAUUGUAGAAUUUAUUUUAUAAUUUAAAAAGAAUUUGGCAGCCAGCUUCUCCUUGAUCUCUAAAUGUAUUUAUGCUCUCACACGUAGUUUCCAAGGAAAAGGUGCCCUUCUGCCUUUCUAAAUGAACUCUACUUGUACCUUGGACUGUCCUAUCUCUCCCGUCUUGUUUUUGUGUCCUCAUAUCACCAUUUAGUGCCGGUUUUCUUUGUAUAAAUGUAGUAAAUGUCUUCUCUAGUCUAAAAAGAAAGGAAACAAAAAUCUUUCCUACCAACUUCAUGCCCUUUCCUUCACAUCUGGGCUUUGGAAAUGCUUUCAGCCUCCCAUUUCCUCAGCUCCCAUUCUUUGGCUUACUGUUUCAUAAUAUUCUGGGGAGAGGGCCAGAGUCACUGUCCUUGUCAAAUCUAGUGUCUUUUUGUCAGUCCUCACUCUGCCUGACCUAUUCAUAACCUUCUUCCCUAUUGGCCACUCCCUCCUUGGAUGCUCCUCCCCGGCUUCUGUGGUAGAUAAGAUUCUCCGAGGCUGACAUUUUUUCCAGUCUCAUCCCAAGCCCUCAUUUGGUGCUAUUUUUCCCCCGGGUGGCCUCAUCAAUGCCCACGAUUUCAGCUUUCUCUCAUGCUGCCCACACUUACCUUUAUAAACUGGCUCCCCCUUUGGAUUCUCUACUUUCAUUAAUGGGAUUGCCAUUUACCCUGCCACCCAGAAUAGUUAAUAGGAACUCCAAAGUCACAUUUUAUUCCUUUUCUCCCUCCCUCACACUCAUACUUAGUCAUCUGGUCUUUUUAAUUCUGCCUCAUAAAAAUGACUUGCAUUUUUCCCUCCUUCCUUCCUAGUGCUUUCUUAGUAUAGGUCUUCAUUUCUUUUCCCCAACAAGAAUCUUCUGUAUACUGUGGUUAACAAUAAUACCACAUUCUCCUUAAGCCCUAUUAUGUAGCUGGCAUUCCUUGAAAAAUCUCUCAGGCUGCCAGGCCUCCAUGCCUUUAACAUACUCACUUGUCCUCUGCUCUUCGGCAACAACAUGUAUCCUUUUUUUUUUUUUUUUUUAAAUAUAAAAAUCUGUAUUUAUUAUAGUUAGCAUAAAACAUUUUUUGCAUCAAUUAUUGUUGUAAUUUAGGCUGAAUAACUCCAGCUAUUUGGCUACUGUACCGAAGUCCUCUUUUGAACCUACAACGAAGAGCCUGUGAUAGUUAUGGAAAGAGUUACCAUAGCAACCUAUAUUGAUGUCACAAGCUCAGUCUUCUGACUUCAUUGCAUAAUGUAGUAGCAACUGGGUUUGCAGCAGAAACACCCUGCUAAAGAAAAGUACCUUGGUUCACAGCAAAGAGGACAAAGGAAAACAGCAAGGUAUAGGGAGUUGAAAGAAAGGAAUUAUUAAUGCCUUGUAGUAGGUAACUAGCUCACAAAAAUGAAGAGGACACUUUGAAAUUAAAAAGCAUAUAGGGGCACCUGGGUCGCUCAGUCACCCGGGUGGAACCUGGGUGGCUCAGCGGACCCGGUGGCAUCCGGCUCAGGUCAUAUCAUGGGUUGGGGGGUUUGAACCUUGUGUCAGUCUCCACACUGACUGUCCAGAGCCUGCUUGGAGUACUCUCUCUCUGCCCCUGCACCGUGUGGGUGCUCUCAAAAUAAACAAACUUUUUUUGAAAAAGCAUAUAGCUAGAGUUUUUUAUUUUUUGAAAUAGUAAUGGGUAAAGGAUAUGAUUGAUGUCCUAAUCUUAAUUUUAAUAAAAAUGUGGAGAACUCUUACAUCAAUAUGUCAUAUUAUAUAGCUAGAUCUAUUUAAGCAUGUUUUUGUAUGUCUCAGUGAAAGAUUAUAUCUGUUAAUGAGUAUUAUGCUUCUUACACUGGGUACAUUAAAUCAUCAGUGUUUAUUUUACCAUGCAAAUAUUCAUCCUCAUUAGAAUACAAAUAAGUGACAUGGCUUUGCUCAUUUAAAAUACAAUAAAAAUUUGCAAUGAUAUCCUUUUUUAGACAGGCCUGAUCUUUCCAUUGGAGCCUAAAGCCUGUUCAUUAUGUCAGUUGGGUCUAGAUUUCUAUCAUACAGUGAAUUUCCGAAUUGAGAUUUUGGAACUUGAAAAGGCAUUUACACUAAUAAACUUCCUCACCAGAAACUAAGCAACACAUAUCCUUUAAGACUGGGCUUCUCCUCCGUGAAGCUGAGUCCUCCCCCAGUUGAGACACAGUUCGGUGCGUGCGCCUGUCGCCGAGAUCCUCUCAGUCAAGUACAGUCCUUAAAGGUGUGUCUCAUUUGGCUUUUGGACUCUCACUUGGCACCAUCUGUGGCAUCGUUGGUACUGAAUAAAUGGUAGCUAUUCAUUAAAGAGGGAAGGAUAAAACUGACAGAGGAUUAUAAAAUGUGGACAAGGAUAUGAUUUUUAAGGGGAAAGGUUACUUAAGCUGGUAGGAAAAGCAGUGAUGCCAAGAUUACCCAGCUUGUGAAAUACUUUACUGUCUGCUUCCUAUACUGUCAACUGUAUUAGGUAGAAACUUUAAUAGUUAUUAGGAUUGUUUCACAUCUCUGACCUUGCUCCUUUUCUCUGCUGUAUGUGGCAGUUUUAAUCUUCUAGGCAUUUCUUCAACACCGUACCCUUGCACAGACACUCCAGUAUUAAUGUAAUAAAUCACAUAGCACAUUUUUAAAAGUUUAUUUAUUUAUUGGGGGGGGGGGCAGGGAGAGAGGGAGACAGAAUCCCAAGCAGGCUCUGCGCUCAAACUCAUGAACCGUGAGAUCGUGACCUGAGGCAAAAUCAGGAGUCAGAUGCUUAACCGACUGAGCCACCCAGGCACCCCUUUUUUCCCUCACAGAGCACAUUUUUGUUAUGUCUAAUGUGCAAAGCACAGUGUUAGGUGCUAGAAAUGAAACAGGUGAUGGAGAUAAAUCUCCUGCUUUCACAGAUGUCAGUCUUUUUCUUUUAAGAGGUAAAAUACUCUGCAAAGUACAGAAAGUGGACUAGUUUUAAGUGUACAGCUUGAUGAAUUUUUACGUAUGUAAACAAUCAUUUCCAGUAUCCCAGAAGUUUCCUCCAUGCCCUUUCCAAUGUACCUAUAUCUCAAAACCACUAUUCUUAUUUCUGUCAUCAGAACCUACUAUUAUAAUGGCCUUUUAAAUUGGUAACUGGGUUCCUCUAAAAGCUGGGUUGUCAGUUUUAAACCUAAUGUUUCAGAAAAAAAUUUGUCCAUGUUAAGAGAGACUUGGAAUUGGUGAUCUAGGCUGCCCGGUAGUGCCCAAUAACUUGUUAUAUAAUAGGGGAUUAAAGAAAUUGCCACGUGAUGUUAAAUAGCAUGGGAAAAUGGAAAGAGUAGGGAUUUUUUUUGUCGGAACAUCUAGGUGUGAAUUUUCAGCUCUGCAACUUACAGGUUAUGCAAUAUUUAACAAAUCAUGCCUUCUGUGGGCCUCUCUUCAGAUAUAAAAUGCAGAUAAUACCUUCUUUACCUACCUCACAAGAUGUGUUGUAUUAAAUAAAAUAAUGCACAAGAAACUAGUGCUAAUGAAAUAUUAAUAAACCAACAUCUAUGUGUAUCCUGUGGCCCUGAGUAAUCUCUAAAUCCAGACAUUCCUUCUAAUAUAUGGCAGAGUGAGAACUAUGGAGUAGAUUCCUUAGUAGGAACUCUGAGAUGGGUUUCUCUUUAGUGACCACCUGUUGUGCCCAGAUCUGGAGGCUGUUCAUUUGGCCUUACUUUUAACAGAACCAUUUUCUACCAUAUUCUGUUAUAUAGCAAACCUAAGAUCAUUUCCAGUUCUGAAAUUCUAGGAUCCUUAAUUUAUUUGCCAAAGUUGAUUAUGAGUUGGGAGUUGUAGCACUAUCUUCCUACAAGGGAGCCUCAUCAUAGCUAACGAAGUUGCCACUGAAAGAUUUCUGAUCGUUUCCCCACCCCCCCCCCCCAGGGGUUGAGUAUGAAAAGGGCAAAAUUAGGAUGCUUUUCGUAGCACACAGAAUAAAAAAUUUCAUGCUAUUUAACAUAAGCCCAGGAGUGGGCAGCUAAUGAGAGCGAAAUAUAUGGUCUGUGUCUGAUCUUAUGCCUUUGUCUAAGAUUUAGUCAAAUUGCUAUUUUAACUAAUACAUCUUAGCAGAAUUUAAAGGACAGACUUAAAAUCAUUGGAUAAGAUUGAAUCUCAAAAGUAAUUGUAAUUUUUUUCAUGAUACAAAAGUAUAGGUUAAGAAAAAACCUUUAUGUCCCCACUACUGUCACUAAUAAAUAAAACACAGAUAAAAAUUUUAAACAUUCAUUUCUCCUAAAGAUUUUCUAAAUAUGUUUCAUUUCGAAAUGUCAUAUAGCUUUAGGAAAAAAUACCACCUGCUAGUAAUUAUCUAUUUAGAGGGGGUAGAAUUUAUCAUUUGUCACUUACCACUCAUUUCCACUUCAGUUUACGAUUGGACUUUCAAAAAUUUAAAGAAUCUUAAAUGUUUAAAGAAUUGAAAGAACUUAAAAUUUUUCCUUAAAUAGUUAUGUGUGAACAGUAAUAAUUAGUAAAUAAUGGUGCUUCAGUAAAUCGAGUUUUCAGGGAUAUCAGCAGAGUAAAUAAAAUGUGUUUUUGAUAAAAGUAAACAUCUUGGCUGUUUUUCUUAUUACAUAAUCAAAACAGUGUAGCUUUGCAUAAAAUGUAGUAAUAGAGAAGAUGGGAGUAUUUGGGGAUCUACUUAUGGAAUUUAGUCUCAGGAGACUUCAUUGGGAACAUGGUACAGUCUAGACAAACCCUUUAUAUGUCUUAUGUUUUAAAAGAAUGUAUUAAAGGGGCACCUGGGUGGCUCAGGUUGAGCAUCUGACUCUUGAUUUUGGUUCUGGGAAUGAUCCCAGCACCAUGGGAUCGAGCCCCACGUCAAGCUCCAUGUUGAGCAUGGAGCCUACCUAAGAUUCUCUUUCCCUCUGCCCCUCCCCUGCUUGUGCUCUCUUUUUCUUUCUCAAAAAAAUAAUAAAAUGACUUUAAAAGAAUGUACUUAAAAAUGGUGUUAACUAAUGAAUUACCCUUCUUACGGGCUCUAAUAAAUUUGAAGGCACUGUAAAAAGUGGUUUUUGUUAAGUUCUCAGGUAUUCAAUUAUUUAUGUUAAAUGUCACAUCAAGAUGUAAUCAUUUGUAAAAUGUCAAGAUGCUUUUUGUUGUACAGAAUAUUUUAUUACCUUUGUAAUAUCUUUGUAUACAGUGAUUUUUUUUUCGUGGUAAUAAAUGGAAAAAACUCAAAGACUUAAAA